AUGAACGAUCAUAAAUAGAUAAAAGAAUUUUUUAUUGAUUUUAAGCAAUUGGUAAUAGUCAUAUUAUGUAUAAUCAUCGUCAUCGUUGUUAUCCUCACAUUAUCUUAUUAGAGUAUGUAUAACAAUAUCAGUUCUAUAUGUUGUCGUCAUUCUAUAAAUUCAAUUAUUUUUUAUGUUUUUCUAAUGUCAGUACUGACAUUUUUGAGAAAAUAUAAAUUUUGAUUUAUUCUAGACUUAUCAAAAUCAAGGAGGAAACAGCUGACUUCGAGACUUCAAGCACAGAGACUUCAAAUUUUUCAAAGACUUCUAAAGACUUCAAAAGAUUUUUGAGACUUCACAGGACUUCAGAAGACUUCAUAAGACUUCACGAGACUUCAGGAGAUUUCAAGAGACUUCAUGAGACUUCAGAAGACUUUAAAAGACUUUCAAGACUUCAUGGGACUUCACGACCGAAGUCUCUGCUGUUUUCCCCUUGGGUAAGAUGAUACAAAUGUUUUCGCAAAUGUUUUUAAUUAUAAUUAAAAUAUUUGAUACUAAUAAACUAGUAACUUGUUUUGAUUUUACACAGGAGAUCUUUUCAACAAUAUGUGUGGCUAUCGUGAUCAUUAUACCGAUGAAGCAAUGAUUCUCUUUGACAACAGUCGUCUCCACUCAGAAUCAAAAACAAAUAAUAGAAAAAAAAAGAAAAUAAACUGGUCAUGUUGUACAGAAAAAUGUUGAUUAUGGCUAAAUAAAUAAUAGUAAUAAUGCACUCGGUGAUGAUGAUAAAACAAUAGAUAGUGAUGAGCAAAAAGGUGAUGAUUAUCAUGAAACAAAUCCUGCUGAUCAACCAACAACUGAAGAUAAUGAAACAAUUACUGAUAGCGAUGAACGUAUUACUGAUGAUAAUGAUACAACAUCAAGUAGUGAUGAAUCAUCAGAUGAUAGUGAUGAUGAAACAAAUCAUAUGGACAAGGAGGACACACUUCUUAAUCCUGAUACAAUAACAAAUGAAGAUCUUGAAAAGAAUCAUGACACAAGUGAUGAAGAAUAUGAUUAUUAUAAUCCAAAAGACAAAAGAAGAUGA